AACACAGAACAAAUAGCUUGUCCCUGCCCCCAGAUUUACCAUCCUUGUAUAGGGUCUCCUGCUCCCCAUGCUCUCCUCCCGGGCAUGGGACCGCUGUCCUCUCUGCUCUGGGUCUCCUGCACUCCGUGCUCUCCUCCCGGGCAUGGGACCGCUGUCCUCUCUUCUCUGGGACUCCUGCACCCCGUGCUCUCCUCCCGGGCAUGGGACCGCUGUCCCCUCUUCUCUGGGACUCCUGCACCCCGUGCUCUCCUCCCGGGCAUGGGACCGCUGUCCUCUCUUCUCUGGGUUUCCUGCACCCCGUGCUCUCCUCCUGGGCGUGGGACCACUGUCCUCUCUUCUCUGGGUCUCCUGCACCCUGUGCUCUCCUCCUGGGCGUGGGACCUCUGUCCUCUCUUCUCUGGGACUUCUGCACCCCGUGGUCUCCUCCCGGGCGUGGGACCGCUGUCCUCUCUGCUCUGGGUCUCCUGCACCCCGUGUUCUCCUCCCGGGUGUGGGACCGCUGUCCUCUCUUCUCUGGGACUCCUGCACCCCGUGCUCUCCUCCCGGGCGUGGGACCGCUGUCCUCUCUUCUCUGGGACUCCUGCACCCCAUGCUCUCCUCCCGGGCGUGGGACCGCUGUCCUCUCUUCUCUGGGUCUCCUGCACCCCAUGCUCUCCUCCUGGGCGUGGGACCACUGUCCUCUCUUCUCUCGGUCUCCUGCACCCUGUGCUCUCCUCCUGGGCGUGGGACCGCUGUCCUCUCUUCUCUGGGUCUCCUGCACCCCAUGCUCUCCUCCCGGGCGUGGGACCUGUGUCCUCUCUUCUUUGGGACUCCUGCACCCCGUGCUCUCCUCCCGGGCGUGGGACCGCUGUCCUCUCUGCUCUGGGUCUCCUGCACCCUGUGCUCUCCUCCUGGGCGUGGGACCGCUGUCCUCUCUUCUCUGGGACUCCUGCACCCCGUGCUCUCCUCCUGGGUGUGGGACCCCUGUCCUCUCUUCUCUGGGACUCCUGCACCUCGUGCUCUCCUCCUGGGCAUGGGACCGCUGUCCUCUCUGCUCUGGGUCUCCUGCACCCCGUGCUCCCGUUCUGGGCCAGGAACCGCUCUCUUCUGCUCUGGGAUUCCUGCACCAUGUGCUCCCAUAGUCCCCUCCCAGGCCUGGGACUGCUCUCCUCUGCUCUGGGACUCUUGCAUGCCCUGCUCCCAUGCUCCCCUCCCAGGCCUGGGACCACUUUCCCCUGCUCUG